GAGAACUGAGCUGACGCCGCCAGCUCCACAGCUGCUGCUUCGGUCACAAGCUUUCCUCCGGUUGUCUGACUGCGCAGAGACUGUGUGAUCACAUGGUCACAUGCUUCGGGGAGGAGGACGAUGGACAGAGGCAGAACAGAAUCCGGUAGCUGGAGAAAACACAAACUAUCCAGUUUGAGAGGGAGAGAAGAGCCGAUCUGCUUACAAUGCCUUCUGCAGUGAUAGUUUUGCGUAGAGUGGCUCCGGCCAAAUCUCCAAAGAAGAGAGCCAAGUCUCAGAGGAAGAAGUCGGGCCCCACAGUGUCUGACCUGAUACUGAAGGCUGUGUCCGCUUCCACAGAGCGCAGCGGCAUGUCCCUGGCAGCCGUGAAGAAGGCUCUGAAGGCUGGAGGAUACGAUGUGGGGAAGAACAACGCCAGGGUCCUCAUCACCAUCAGACGCCUGGUGGCCAACAAAGCUUUGGUCCAGACCAAGGGCAUCGGGUCCUCAGGCUCCUUCAAGCUGAACAAAAAGGCUCCUGCACCUCCAAAGAAGAAAGUGGUGAGCAAGACGAAGCCAAAGGCAAAGAAGGUCUUAACAAGGACCAGUGUUAAGAAAUCACCGAGGAAAGCCAAGAAACCAGCUGCAGCUAAGAGUCCCAAGAAGCCUAAGAGUCCCAGGAGGGCCAAGAGAAGGGUCGUCAAAUCUACCAGGACCAGGGCUGCUGCCAAGAAGAGAACACUCUGCCACUGAACACUCACACAACGCUAUGUUUAACUGUGUGAGAACCUAAAUUCUGAAUUCAUUCCAAAACCUUGAGUUUGCUUGAGGUAUUUUAAAGCUUUUCUACCAUAGAAAAUACUGAACCUGCAGGUUUUUAUACACUGUUUCUUUCCACUAUCUGCAUGCUGUGGUUUGCAAUGAACUGAAAUUGCUGAAAAAUAAUAAACCUAGUUUAAUUUA